UUCUUGCAACAGCGUCACUGUUUGCUUGAUCUCCAAACAGUCCAAGUGUGGCUCUGAGGCUCAUGCAUGAUUCUGCGACAAAACUAAUCCCAGUGGACGUCUUUAAAUGGGAAAAAAAGCAGGCUUUCCUUCUCCAAAGUUAUUUUUUUUUACUUAAUAUUUUGACAUUUUUCUCGAAUUCAUGAAAGUGCUGCAACUCUCUGAACCAACAUUGUUUUGGCUUUGUGGACAGUUUGGAUUCAUCGUUUUCUGGAGAACGUGCUUUUGUUGUGUGCAAGAACUUUCGGAAACAAUAACAUCUUUGGAGGGAUGACGAACCACUACUACUCCCUUCUGAAAACUGCCAACAAGACUCCCAAGGUGUGAAAUGUAAUCACUAACUGCACAGAAAAGACACUACUCAGUGGGGAAAAACUACCUCAGUUUUUGAGCAAAUUUGUAUGUAUGAUGCUUGUAAGAGGCUCUUACAAUCUUCAGUUGUGUUACCUUUGAUGUGAAAACCAAACACUUUCCACUUCUUGUGACUAAGUUGCCUGAGUAAACAAGGAUGAGCAACCUGAGCUUAUCAACAGACUCUCUGCAGAAUGCAACCGCAUUGGACUCCACAGCCAUGGGAGAAAAGAUCAUCGUUGUAUUGGUCUUCAUCAUACUCAUCAUAGUGGUGGGAAACCUGCUGGUCAUCAUUGCGAUAGCACGUACUCCACAGCUACAAACGACAACAAACAUCUUCAUUAUGUCCCUAGCAUGUGCGGACCUCAUCAUGGGGGUCCUUGUCGUGCCUCCUGGGGCCACUGUUGUGGUGACAAAUGAAUGGCAACUCACAAAAAUAUUCUGUGACCUCUGGACUUCUGUUGACGUCCUCUGUGUGACGGCAAGCUGUGAGACACUUUGUGUCAUAGCAGUGGAUCGGUAUAUAGCCAUUACUAGACCGCUACGACACAAAGUUCUGCUCAGUAAGUGGCGUGCCAGAAUAAUAGUUUGCUUAGUCUGGGUUGUGUCAGCCCUAAUUUCCUUUGUACCAAUUAUGAACGGGCUUUGGCAUGAUAAUAAUGAUCCUUUAGCAAGCGAAUGCUACGAAAAGGAUAAGUGCUGUGACUUUGUGACCAACAAGACCUAUGCUAUAAUAUCUUCUAUAGUCUCUUUUUACAUUCCACUGCUCAUAAUGAUAUUUGUUUACGCAAAAGUCUAUUUGAUAGCAUCACGGCAGGUCCAGCUAAUAGAUAAGAAUCGGAUGCGUUUCCAAAAUGAAUAUCUAACAGCACAGGUGCAAGAUGGCCCCCAGGUCAACAACACGCUGCCACCGGCAAGCAACUGCAACAAUGCAGCGAGGAGAAAGAGCGCCAAACGAAGGCCUUCACGACUAAUGCUCGUUAAAGAGCACAAGGCCCUCAAGACUUUGGGUAUCAUCAUGGGGGUCUUCACUAUUUGCUGGCUGCCGUUCUUUGUUGCCAAUAUCAUUAAUUCUUUUGACAAAACAAUUCCUGAAAAAAAGUUCUUCCGACUGUUAAACUGGCUUGGUUAUAUCAACUCCGGCCUCAAUCCCAUCAUCUACUGCAGGACUCCAGAGUUUCGUACUGCGUUCAAGAACCUGAUGGGCUGCCCAUGGAUGUCAACCCUGUGGCUCAAUUCUUUUUAUAAAGAACUGCGGACUCGCUGCCCCUGCUUUCUAUGGCAAGCUGAGACAGGCACGGCCAGUUCUUUCCAGAAGGCUCCAGCCAGUAGGACAGAGGGCAGUGACAGCCUGGCCAGUUCACAGGGAAGCAGCAGAAGUGAAGAGACUUCCCCUAGUCCUCCACAGUCCAACGGCAGCACACAGUACAGUGACUGUUCAAAGCCAGAAACCACGUUCUUCACGUUGCAGGAACAGGAUGGAUGAAGUGUAAAAUCUACUGAAGCAAACUGCGUCCUCCAGCUGUUACUGUGAUUUCUGCAGAGUCUGAGACCAAAGAACAGCAAAGAAAAGCUACAGAAAAGUACAAUCCCUGAAAAGCACAGCAGAAUGAAGCUAGCCCCAAAGAGAUGACUGGAUUGACUGUGGAGAAACAGACUAUUUGGUCAGAAUGGGAACACUGUGACUGUUUUUGUGUACAGGAAAUGGAGUGCAUGGCGCACAACAGACAUUAGGUGACACCACAGAUGAACCUCCCCGAGUCCUCUGCGUAUUUUUUUAAAAAAAAGACUCUGUUCCAGACUAAGACAGUGUUUGACAUCGAGACUGAAAUGCAUUCCAGUACACAGACACAAGUGUAUGGUUUCAAAAAUGUAUAAACUAAUUUUGUACAGUAUAUUAUCUGGUAAGUUAUGUAAUGAUGAUACACUGAAUCUGUAGCAAAAGUUGACUAACAGAACAUUCUGGAAAGCCUGUCUUCACUGUAGAAACAUUUUCAUCACCCAAACCUUUCAGCGUAAUAUCAGCUAAACCAAAGAGCUACGGAUUGAAUUAUUCCACUUUUGUGUCUGUUUAAAGUCUUAAUGUUUCUGUUUUGAGUCUGUAUCCACGCAAUAGUGAAACUGGGACUUAAAUACCCACAUCUAAGUUAAGUUAUGCUACAGCUAUGAAAAAUGGAUGAUAGAAACUUACGUCUGGCAACCUCAAACAUCACGCCGUCUAGAAUCUCUAUCGGUAUGUUAGUGUACAAGGUACAGGAUUACAAACUGCAGGUAAACACAGCAGCAUGUGCAACAUGCCAUAUUGCAAAUGCUGCAAAUUUUCUGCAUUUUCUUUGGCAGGCGGCCACAGUAUAAACCCGACACCACCUUCUGAAAUGUCCACGCACAGAAAACCUUCUGCCACUUUAUGCAUUACUUCAUUGUCAUGAGGCACCUUGUGGUGUGUUUUUACAUAAAGUCAUCUGUUGCAUUGAGAAAUAAAGUAUUCUAAA